GUUGAAUGUAAAAGAAAAAUAAAAACCGUCAACGAAAGUAAAUUGAUUCGUUACCUUUAAAAAGCAACUAAAUUUGAUCGGAGACCAGUAAUUUUAGUGAGCCGUCUUUUUUUUCUUUUUUUCUUAUCGUUCUCCAAGUUCAUGACAUUCCUUGAUUAUUAUUCUUCAGGCAAAAACAAAAUUCCUCAUUGAAGAACAACACAAAACAAAGAACACAGUAUUCUUCUGCUAAUCAUCAACCUAAAUCCUCGCGGGCCAGAAAAGAGGAAGAGAAGACGAGACCGAAACAUUUUUUACAGAAAACAAAAGUUAGAUCAUUGUGUUUUCUCCAAUCAUCGACGGCCGGCGCCGGCGAAUUCGGCGGCGUAGGAGAUGAAAAGUCGUAGGAAACUCGGUAGUGUUUGCGGCGGCGAAGUCGUUCUCUCGUGGAAGACGUUCUUCUGGUUCGUCAUUCUGUUUGUCUUCUCCUUCGUUCUCUUCUCUACCAUGUUCGUCUUUAAAGGGAAGUUUCGUCCGGUGGUACGUUCGUCGACGAUAAGCUUCUCAACGGCCAGGGCGGUUCUCGGCGAUUCUGUAACGCCGUCUCCGGCGGUUACAAUCCGUGAAGCGGUGAAAUUACCUGAGCAGACACUAGUAUUCCUAAAAUACCCUCAGUCUCUUCGGUUAUUUACCAAAGCCGACCUCGUUUGCGUUUUCUCCUCCGGCGGCGAUUCAUCGAAGCUACGGAAGGAGCAACCGACGGCAGUCGACAGCGACAAAUUCGGCGGUCAGAUCGUACGGUGUCCUGAAACGCCACGUGGGUACACCAUAUCGCUUGCCGUUUCGAGAUGGAUGACGGAUGAUCACCUCCCUGCUGGGCCCACUCACCGGUGGGAUUGGCUGGUUUACGACGCCCUCAUCGACCACGAUAACUCCACAGUGGUGUUUGUCAAGGGGCUAAAUCUACGGCCAGGAAAAGUUGCUGACGUGUCGAGAUACGAGUGCGUGUACGGCUGGGAUUUCGCGAAACACAAUCGGUUAAUAAGAGCAAACGUAAUCUCAGCGGCACAAGAGAUCGUACGGUGUAAAACACCAUUAGCUGUGUUGGACGGCCCGAAAUCAGUCCAUGGGCCGGUUAAAGUCUCGGUUAGAAUCAAAGGAGGGACCGGAAUGCUCCCAUCGAUCGCUCGACCGGAUCGCGGUCCGGGUCGGAGCACUCACUCGCCGCGAAGGAAACCGUUCGGGAUGUGCGUUUGCACCAUGACGCGAAACGCAGCCGCGGUUCUAAGAGAAUGGGUGAUGUACCACGCCGGAAUCGGCGUUCAACGGUGGUUCAUAUACGACAACAACAGCGACGACGAUAUGAUUGCCGAGAUCAAAGACCUCGAAAGCCGAGGUUACAACAUUUCGAGACAUUUCUGGCCGUGGAUUAAGACUCAGGAAGCCGGAUUUUCCAGUUGUGCGAUUCGAGCACGGAGCGAUUGCGAUUGGGUCGCGUUUAUCGACGUAGACGAGUUCUUCUACAUCCCUUCCGGUCAAACUCUAACUAGCGUCAUCAGAAAUUACACUGCCUCCAAUGAGAUCGGUGAGAUUCGAACCCCGUGCCACAGUUUCGGGCCAUCGGGUCUGAAAAGUCGGCCUCGCGGCGGAGUCACGGCGGGAUACACUUGCCGUGUUGUAUUGCCGGAGAGACACAAGAGCAUACUCCGGCCAGAAUCGAUGAACGCAACGCUUAUCAACGUGAUCCACCAUUUUCACCUGAAAGAUGGAUUCACAUUUGCUGACGUGGAUAAAGAUGUUAUGGUAAUCAACCACUACAAAUAUCAGGUUUGGGAGGUUUUCAAGGAGAAGUUUUACAGGAGAGUCGCGACUUACGUGGCGGAUUGGCAAAACGAGGAGAACGUCGGGUCGAGAGACCGGGCGCCCGGUUUGGGAACCCGACCCAUUGAGCCACCUGAUUGGGCCGAAAGAUUCUGUGAGGUUACAGAUACUGGGCUUAGAGAUCAGGUGUUGGAAAACUUCAAGGAUAAUAAAACCCAGCGUUUAAUAUGGGAAGGAGAGGACGAGGAACGAAGUUAGACUUGAGAGUUGAAAUAAGAUCGUUGGCCCAUAAUAGGAUAGCUCGAAAGACUAAAAAAUACAGCUUAAUAAAGCCCAUUAGUUAUAGUUUUGCACAUUCUCUUUUUGAAUUUCAUUCGUGGGAGAUAUUUUGGACUCGCGGAUUUUUAGUUGUAAUUUUGGUCGAACAGUGAAAUAAAAAAGGUAGUUCCAACAAAAAAGGUGAAGUAAAUAAAAUAUGGAAGAUAAACAUCAAAAACAGAAAGAAAUCAAAUAUUCAAGAGGCCCAAACAAAGGCCCAAGUAAAAAGUAGGUGUUGCGAGGAAAUUAAGAAAAUUUAAAAAGAAAUCCGACCGUUGAAAGAAACAUUAUCUUCGCUUCUCUCUCUCUUUCCUCUUGCCCGGAGCGUUCUCAGGAGGAAUCAAGAGGAAACUCGAACCCUUAAUCCAGAGAUGGUGAAUGAAACACCAGCCAGAGUUACUCAUCGAUCCGGAGAUGGAUCGAAGGAAGCAGCGGUCGGGAGGGAGAAGAACGGUGUGAACGCAGACAUUUUCAUCAGCCCGAGAUUCAAAUCGGCGGCGGCUUUGGCCGGUUGGGACGAGGAGGAUCUGAUAUUCGCUAGCUUCGUUGUAGAAGAUACCCCUGAAAGAAGUUCUUCGAAGCGAAGGAGACGAUCCAAUUUGCUGUUCAAAACAUCCCCACCUUCUUCGGGUUCAAGAAGGAAGCAGCGGAUUAAGCAAAGUCCUAUUCCGUUACCAGUUGUUGAUCUUGAUAAAGUAAUCAGGCGUGAAGAAGAAAAAUCUGCGGAGAAGAAAAAGAACAGAGAGACUAAAAUAGAUACACAAGAAGAGAAGAAAAUAGAAAAGGAUGAGAAGAUAUUGUCAGAGCAGAAGAACUCAACUUCUGUUGUGCUUCCUUGCAUCGAUAAGCUUCGAGACGAGUUGUCUUGUGCGAUUUGUCUUGAGAUUUGCUUUGAGCCAAGUACUACAACUUGUGGACACAGCUUCUGCAAGAAGUGUUUGCGAUCCGCGGCGGAUAAGUGUGGAAGAAAAUGCCCUAAAUGCAGGCAACUAAUAGGAAAUGGAAGGUAUUGUACGGUCAAUACGGUUCUAUGGAACACAAUCCAGCUUCUGUUCCCUAAAGAAGUCGAAGCACAGAGAGCUGCUGCUGCUGCAUCUGCUAAGUCCAUAGGCAAGGAAACGCCGAGUCCUAGAAACCCUAGUCAAAGGCUUAGAAGCAGAAACAGAGAAACGGCGUUUCAAGCUAGGUUGCAAAGAGAGGAUCUUUCGAGAUUGCUUGUAUCCGAAGAAAGAUACGAGAGAAGCGAGAGAAGGAGUAUGAGGUUGGACCAAGAUAGGGAUGCUGCAUUCGCGUUGAGGUUGCAGCGACAGGAGUUCGCGUCUGCGUUUGGCGUUACGACGGCAGCUGCAGCAACUUCUUCUUCUUCUUCUUCUUCUUCUUCUUCAUCGGCUUCUAAUCUGUCGCUAGCAAGAGCUAACCUGCGAGCUAUGGCCUCAAGAGCUGUUCGUAGGCAAGUUUAGGUUACUGUUAACACAAAACAAUUCGUUUUACCCACAUUGUACUUUAUAUAUUUUUCAUUCACCCUCUGAAAUUUCUAAAAUUGACAGAAGGAAUGAAUGAAUAUGCAAAUUUUAUUUUUAAAAUUGUUUCGACCAUAUGCAAAAUAAUUUGGCUCCACGUCCUUCUUCCUAAA